AUGUCAUCAGACCAGCGCCAAUCCGAACAUGGCCUUGAGGCAUCGUCGAACUCCAGUCACGGUUUCAGCACGCAUCCGAUGGCCGAAGAGCUCGUUUCGUGGUUUACUCAGAAUCGAGGCUGGCUGAGCCCGGAUGUUCAGAUUGUGUACAACGACUCUCAGGGCCAUCACAUGCGAGCGUUGAGGCCGACAACACCAGAGGUGGUGACUUGCCCUCUGGAGCUGACGCUCUCGGUUCUCAACCUAGACCCUGAGCAAAGAGAGGUGCUACCGAUUACGAGCCCUCUUCAGCAGUGCCGUGGCAAGUUACCUGACCACACACUGGCGUACCUGCUUUUGAUUGAGCAGCGCAGCAAGGGCAAAGAAUCCCCAUGGUGGAAUUACAUCGCAUGUCUGCCUGGGCCGGAGAGUAUGUCAACACCUCUCUGGUUCGAUGAGGAUGAUGUAGUUUUCCUGGCUGGCACCAGCCUAGCGCCUGCUGCUAAGGAGAGAAAGGCAGACAUGCAUCAGCAGUGGGAGUACGCUCUUAGCAUAUUGAAAGAUGUCGGUGUUGCUUGGGCUGAUGAAGUAGACUUCAAAUCGCUCCUAUGGGCUGCUACUAUUUUCACAUCCCGAGCGUUCAUCUCUACACACAUUCUGCCAGAGAUUGAUACUGUCCCUAUCCUCUUCCCAGUCGUCGAUAUACUCAACCACUCCGUAACUGCAAAAGUAGAGUGGGACUUCAAACCACGUCAGUCUUUCACUCUUCGAUGUCUGGAGAGCAGCCACUUUAGAGAGGGUGAAGAGCUCUUCAACAACUAUGCUCCCAAGCAGAAUGACGAACUGCUCCUCGGAUACGGCUUCUGCCUCGAGAAUAACCCCAUCGAGCAGUUCGCCCUAAAACUUGCCUUCCAGCCGGAGCUUCAGCAAUACGCCACACAUAUGGGUCUCUUGGACCCUUCCAGCGUACCGUUCGGUAUGGACAAGACAUUUCUUUCUACAGACCCAAACAAGGAGCAGCAUUUCCUCCGCGCCAAAGGCCACCCAUUCGGACGCUACGACAAUCGCGUGCCAUUCUUUCAAGGCAUCCCUCCAUACAUUGUACACUUUUUCUUCAUUCAGACCCUCCUCAGCACGGAGACCGCACUGGAUGAGGUCAAUGUUGAAAGACCACAGGAGAGGAUCACCGUAGGAGUGCUGGUGCUGCUACACCAGGCUCUUACGCAGCGGAGCUCCACCCUCCCACUCACCCUCAACGCGGAGCCAGCCAACACGAAGCAGCGAUUCGCAAAAUCCUACCGAGAUGGCCAGGCACGCAUCAUCCACGCCGUGCGCCUCGAACUGCAAUCCGCCAUCGACGCUCUGCGCGUGGCCCCGCACGCCACCCUCCCACAGCGCUCCUCCCUCCUAACCCUUAGCAACGGCCUCACCGCUCUGCACGCCGAAUACCCCGACGCAGCAUCCCGCUUCGCCCAAGGAACGCAGAAGCACAACCUCCGCGACCCGCAAGACGCGCGGCUCACAUGGACGCUCCUGCUCAUCACGUUUGCCGCCUUGAUCCUCACAAACGCCGACAACGCCAGCGGCCUCAACGCAACGCUGCUCACCCGCCUCACCGCCGCACACCCCUUGCCCCGCCUCGAAGACGGCAUCGAAGACGCGCAAACGUACGCCUUCCUCGACGAGCACCUGGGCGAUUUCUUGGCCCUGGACGGCUCCCACGCCCAGAGCCAGCGCGAGGCUCACCCGCUGGGUCCGAGCGAUGUGCUCGACGAUCUGGGUCUGCGCUUCGUACGGCACCGCGCCGGACCAGCGUUCGUCGAUGGGCCGACGGAGAACCUCGGCGUCAGGCUGCUGAUGUGGGGCAUGCGCGUUGCGCACGCCGACGUGCUGGCUGGUGCUGGUGCCGGGGGAGGGGUCGAUGUGUGUUUGUUUGUGAGGGAGCAAGAGGGAGAGGGAGAGUGGAUGGAUGGAGGGGUUCGUGGCGCGUGA